GGUGACAUUGACGCUAUGUAGAUGAGCGCGAGCAUCGUGCGCUCCUUGUUACGUCCCGCUCGCUCCAGCGCAGACGGCGGCAGCUCCUUUCCCGUCUUCUUCUCUGCCCCCUCUCUUUCAGCACCACCGCUUUAAGGACAGCACCUCGCUCUCCGCGCGCACUUUGCCUGUGGAUCUUACCGUUUUGUGGCUCGUUCGCUUGUGCAAACUUUAGUUUUUUCAUCUAAAUCUGAACAGGAAUUAACUUUUUAAAACACAUUUUCACUGGGAGUAAAUCUGGCAGAGAAAAGGACAGCGCUGGUGAUCGUGUCACUCAUCUGACCUGAAGUUUCCGGGACGGAGCCGCUGUCACCUCUUCUCUCGAGGUCAGGGCCACUCGCUGUACGCGCACUCUGACCAUGGCGACGAACGGAACCAAAGCCGCGGAUGGACACGUCUUAACGGAGACCGUGACCGACGCACCGGACGCCACCAACACCAGCAGCACUACGCCAAACGACAAACCGAAAACGCUGGUGGUCAAAGUGCAGAAGACGAAAAAGGAUAUACCGGAGAGGGAAACAUGGGGUGGAAAAUUUGACUUUCUGCUCUCUUGUGUGGGAUACGCAAUCGGACUGGGAAAUGUCUGGAGAUUUCCGUAUUUGUGUGGGAAAAACGGAGGAGGGGCCUUCUUGAUUCCAUACUUUUUGACCCUCAUAUUUGCUGGCAUGCCUUUGUUCUUUCUGGAAACGGCCCUUGGGCAGUACACGUCCAUUGGGGGGCUUGGUGUGUGGAAAUUGGCCCCUGUGUUCAAAGGUGUGGGUCUGGCAGCUGCUGUCCUUUCCUUUUGGCUCAAUAUCUAUUACAUUGUUAUCAUUUCCUGGGCACUUUACUAUCUCUACAACUCCUUCACCACUGAGCUGCCAUGGCAGAGCUGUGGCAAUCCUUGGAACACAGACCGCUGCUACACCAACUACAGCAUUGCGGACACCACUAAUCUGACCAGCGCAGUGGUGGAGUUCUGGGAACGUAACAUGCACCAGCUGACCGAUGGCCUGGAGAAGCCUGGGGAGAUCAGGGUGCCUUUGGCAAUCACACUGGCCAUUGCAUGGGUGCUGGUCUACUUCUGCAUCUGGAAGGGGGUCAGCUGGACCGGAAAAGUUGUGUACUUCUCAGCCACCUACCCUUAUUUCAUGCUGGCAAUCCUGUUCUUUCGCGGUAUCACUCUGCCAGGAGCGAUAGAUGGAAUCAGGUUCUACAUCACGCCCGAGUUUAGCAAACUUAAGGAGUCUGAGGUGUGGUUGGAUGCCGCCACUCAGAUUUUCUUCUCGUACGGUCUGGGAUUAGGCUCGCUGAUUGCUCUUGGCAGCUAUAAUACCUUCAACAACAACGUGUACAGAGACUCGGUCAUUGUGUGCUGCAUCAACUCCUUCACCAGCAUGUUCGCCGGCUUUGUCAUCUUCUCCAUUGUGGGCUUCAUGUCCCACGUGACGAAGAAAGACAUUGCAGAUGUGGCCGCCUCAGGUCCUGGCUUGGCGUUCUUGGCGUACCCUGAGGCUGUCACCCAGCUGCCCAUCUCCCCUCUGUGGGCCAUCCUGUUCUUCUCUAUGCUGCUCAUGUUGGGGAUUGACAGUCAGUUCUGCACAGUGGAGGGCUUCAUCACUGCUCUGGUGGAUGAGUUUCCUCGAGUGCUCAGAAAACGCAGAGAAAUCUUCAUCGCUGUGGUCUGCCUCAUUUCCUACAUCAUCGGACUGUCCAAUAUCACACAGGGAGGGCUGUACGUUUUCAAACUGUUCGAUUACUACUCGGCCAGUGGAAUGUCUCUGCUCUUCCUCGUCUUCUUUGAGUGCAUUUCAAUCUCAUGGUUUUAUGGUGUGAACAAGUUCUAUGACAACAUUGAGGAGAUGAUCGGGUAUCGGCCCUGUCUUUGGUGGAAGGCCUGCUGGUGCAUCUUCACGCCUCUCAUUGUAGCCGGCGUGUUCUUGUUCAGUGCGGUUCAGAUGGUUCCUCUCACCAUGGGGGACUAUGUGUUCCCAGCCUGGGGACAGGGAGUGGGCUGGUUCAUGGCCAUGUCCUCCAUGAUCCUCAUCCCUGGAUACAUGGGCUAUAUGUUCCUCAACCUCAAGGGCACGUACAAAGAGCGUCUGCGGCAGAUGAUCAAACCAGUGGUUCUGGCCAAGUCUCAGGAGAACGGCCCGGAGCAGCAGCCGGACCAGAGCCAGAACCCUCCCACUGAAGAGGCCUACAUCUAAGCCCCGCCCCCGCCUCUGAAACCACGGCAACACGCUCAGCUUCUGUGAUCCAGGUUGGAGCGACCACCAGACUGCCAUGUCUGCUUUCAUUCACCUACCUCCUGGGGACACGUGAGACCAACCUGAUUACAGUAUCCAUGUGUAUUUGUAAAAUACAGAUCUAUAAAAGCUAUGAGGAAAAACUAAACUACCCAGCAGAGUUGUUAUGUGAUAUUAUCAAUUUUAUUAUGCAAAAAGUCUUAGGAAUGAAAAUGUGACUUAGGAAAUUACUGUAUAUUCAAACUAUAAUUUAAAGUUGGAGGCCCAUUCAAUAGUAUUGUGCUACUUUAAGGAUAUUAACCUACUAAACUAUAUUUACUGUACAAAGAAACUGUAUGGUUGCAUUUGCUUGUUCAUGAGAUAAACUCUUUACAAUGAAUGCAGUGUAAUAUAUGAAGAAAUUAAAGGGAAAUUUGAUACAGAAAAUUUUAUGGGAAUGUGCAAAAGGUAUAGGCCAAAUCUGCCCUGGUGUGAGGUUUAUCAUUCAGUCAGAAAGAUGUUUACCGACUUUGGAGAAGCACAAGUAGAAGCACAGUGAGUGUUUUUGUCUUUUUAAACCUGUGACAGCAGCAAAAAUACCUUUUAGAGAGGUCACAACAACAAACAGCAAAACACAGCGAUCCUCUAUAACAAUUGUGUCAAAAAUAUCAUGCAAAAUUCAAAAUUCUGGGGUAAAACCUUUUGGAAAUUUGACAGAACUGAUAUUAAAUACAAAAUCACUUGGGUUUUCUUUGUCUUUGCCAUUUCGGUGUUAUGGUUCACAUCCUCAAGAGCCUAUGCUGCAUUUAUUGGACUUAAAAUUCAACUUUUUCAAAUGCAAAAGGAGAAACAACAAAACAAUGUGAUUAAACGUUUGUAAGCUAGGGCGUGCAGACUUAGACUCUUUCCAUAUAACGACUUUGGCUUUAUCCAAUCACAGAUAAGCAAGAACAUCAUCAAUUUGCAUUUUGUUGUUGCGACUUGCCUUUAGGUCCAUGUGGUUAUUACAUAGCGAGAGACUGUUAUAUUCUUUCUUUGUUUUUCUAAAGAAUCUUUGUACGUUGUCCGAAUCUUUUUUGUAGAACCAUUUGUAGCUCAUUUUGUAUGUGAGCAUGACAAGGACCAAAAUUAUAACAUGAACAAAAUGAAUCAAACCCCCGAUCCUCCCCUCUUCACAACAGGGUUCCUUCAUUUACAAGCACAAAUUCAACGAUCUUCUGUGCUUAUCGCCUAUAAGAAUCAACGACAUCUGCAUGGGGCUCGAGCAGGUUAGGUUAGUUUCAGGGUUGCAUGAAGUUAAUUGUAGCACACUCGACUAUAAAGCUAUAAAAUAUUACAUAUGAGGAAUAGAAGGAGGUUUUAGUAUGGCUGGGAAAAACUACAAAGCUGCCGCAUUACAGUCAGGAAUUUAACUGUUUAGUAAAUAUGGACAGUAGAAGAAAAGUGGACCACGGGAGCGGGUUUUGUACAGCGAUUUAUUGUAGACCUAUAUAUACUUCUUUUAAACGUUUUUCAGUCAACGAUUUUACAAAACAGUUGUGCAUGAUUAGUGAGUAACAUGUGAAAUCAGCGUAUUUUCUUGCCAAGUUGCGCAAAAACGUCCUCUAUCACGACACGCUAAAGCUCAGCGCGACGCAAGACUGGCUUAUUGUGACUAGAUUCUUGCCUGAGAUAGGUGUACGAUGGUCGUUUUGGGUCAUUUGCGAUGGAGGCCGCUUUGUUUCCGUACUUACGUGGCUCUAACUGUUACUACUUAUGUCAUUUUUCGAGGUUAUUUCGGAAAAUAAACACUGAAUUUGGAGUUUCAGGAAAAGUCAUUAACCAGCCAAGUAAAAAUAGAUCAGGCUCACUGUUGUAACGUGUUGUGCGAUGCUCGCUAGGGCUAAUUUUGUCUGAUAUGCUCGCUUACAUUUCUGCCACGACUAAAUUACAAUGACUGUUAGCCACAUAUGCUACAUUGUGCUAGCUCUACUGUCCACGGUGCAAUGUUUACAACUCACUUUCAUUGAAUACCAGUAUCAUUAUUUAGGUUACUCAGGUGCAGAGGCGUUCAAAGUUUGAUGUUAGCGUUGUGAGCUAAUGUCUGAGGGUGCGAACAGCUCAUUUUAUUGGUUGGAUGGGUCAUUCAAGAUGGAGAUUUCUUCGCUUCGAACUGAAACGUUGUGGCUGUAACUAUAGCUGUUGUAGCAUUGCCAAUGAACUCGCUGAAAAAACGUGAAAAAUAAGGGCUUGUGGCUCAAUGAACAGAGCAUUACCCCUUAACUAGAAGAUCCCUGGUUCAAGCUGAGAUCUGGGUUGUGUAUCUUCAUCAUAAUUACGAGAGUUGUAGUUUACAAAUAGUGUCGUCAUUGUUGAGUUUUUUAUAAUCAUCCUUUGGUCCGACGUCUUCUUCUACUGUCUAUGUGCGUAGUCCAUGUCUCAGGAACAAAGGUGGAAGUGACCAAACUGUAUACACUAAAUCUACAAUUAUUACAUUUUAAAAAGCACACCAAACAUUAAAAAACCUAGUACUUAUCACGAGUUUACUAAAUCGCUUAUCAAACUCUUUAUGAUGCUAACGUUUGACAUCACUUUUACAGACAGCUCAGUAUCUCAAAACAUUGACAACAGGCCAAUAGAAUGUUGCCAGAUGCUACACGCAGGGCCAACACCACUAAACUCCCCCGUAAAGGGAACUGAAAAACCUAUUAAGACAUAUCAAGAAAGAAGUAGAGAGUUACUAUUACUACAAGACAGAGCUCAAAAUUACAUGGAUUUUGUGGCAGCUCUUUGCGACAAGAAACUGGACUUUUAUGUGAAAUUUAAAGUGUGCAAUGACCAAGGUUGCUGGGUGAAUUUUUGUAUAGUGACCAUUCUGCAGUUUCUCUUUGAACGAUGUUGUAAAACUGGACUGUGUAUUACAUGUACUUGUGAAUGUCCGUACCACCUGAAAUCAUCUUAUUAUAUUUUCUUUUGUCUAAAUGUUUGAACAAAAGUGAUUUUAUUUGCUCUUUACUGCAAUAAUACAAUUUCAGACACUAAAGCACAUAUCUCUAUCAAGUAUGAAGUAUAUAAUAACCAUAGAGUAAUAAUAAAGAGGAUGAUUAUAAUAAUAAUGUAAUAGAGAUGUCUAGUCAGAGCAUAUUGUUUUGUAUAUUUCUAGCUGUUUCUUGGGCCUAAUGUAAAAUAUUCUAUGUAAAAAAUAUAAUAAAUGUCUUUAGAUGGUGUUCUAUGAAAAAGCAUGAUUGCAAUAUAUGUUAUCUGCAAAAAUAAAGACUUAUAGAUUAU